AUGAGCAUCUCGACCCAGGCGUCGUUCGAAAGCGGGCACGUGGACCAGAUUCACGACUGCCAGUACGACUACUACGGGAGGCGCGUCGCGACGUGCUCGAGCGAUCGCACGAUCAAAAUCUUCGACGUCGCGGGCGAGUCCUCCGCCGCGCAGCAGACGCUGAUCGCGACCCUCACCGGCCACGACGGCCCAGUGUGGAUGGUCGCGUGGGCGCACCCGAAAUACGGAAAUCAUCUCGCGUCGUGCUCGUUCGACAACAAGAUCAUCAUCUGGAAAGAGUCCGAGCAGGGCGUCUUCUCGCAGGCGUACGCGUCCCCGACGACGCUGCACGAGGCGAGCGUGAACGCGAUCGCGUGGGCGCCGCACGAGCACGGAUUAGUCCUCGCCGCCGCGUCGUCGGACGGCUCCGCGAGCGUGAUCGCGAAACGCGCGGACGGGUCGUGGGACGCGAGCAAAAUACCCGGCGCGCACUCGAUCGGGUGCACGGGCGUGAGCUGGGCGCCCGCGGCGCCGCCCGGGUCGCUCGUCGCGGCGGGGGGUAACGCCCCAGCGCCGACCGUUAAACGGUUAGUCACCGGAGGGUGCGACAACCUCGCCAAGGUGUGGCGAUUCGACGACGCGUCGAACCAGUGGAAGGAAGAGCACGCGCUGCGAGCGCACGGGGACUGGGUCAGGGACGUCGCGUGGAGCGCGAACAUGGGGCUGCCGAUGAACACGAUCGCGACGUGCGGGCAGGACGGUAAGGUGUUCAUCUGGACGCAGAACGAGCCGGGGGGGGCGUGGAAUCACCGGCUUCUGAACGACUUCGGCGCGCCGGUGUGGAGGCUGAGUUGGAGCGUCAUGGGGAACGUGCUCGCGGUGUCGGACGCGAACAACCUCGUGACGGUGUGGAAGGAGAGCGUGGACGGGAAGUGGGACCAGAUCUCCGCGACGGAGUGAGGAGGACGAGGAAGAGAGGCAGGCGGAAGAGAGGUCUGUCGUGUAAAAACUUAAACACCUUCAUCGUACUACAGUAUCGGUCCC